CAGCUAACAUUCAGGGAUUUUUUUACGGGUCAACCCGAAUAAUAGCACGAACCGUAUCCACUUUUUAUCUUCUUUCGUGUUCUUCCCCCAAUUUUUUUCUUCGUAAUCAAUAUUUUGAUUUCGUUUUACUGCAAUUUAUUUUUUCCCAAUUGAUCUGUAGAUUCAUCUAAUUGACAUUUCCCUCUUUCGAUUGAUACCAAUUAUUACAUAUUUCGUCUGUUAAGAAAGAUCUAGGGUUAGGGUUGUCGAUCUCCUCACACGUCGUAUAAUUUCUCUAUCCAUCAAUUUCUUUUGCUGUUUAAUCAAUUUUCUAAAUUUGAUGUUAAUUUGAUGCCGGAAUCUAGGGUUAGGGUUUUCUUCUGAAAUGGGGAUUUUGAUUUUCUUUUUCUAGCUUAAGCCUCUGAGUCUUACUUUAUAUUAUCUGAGCCUUCUGGUGAACGUUAUAGUUUGGUGAAGUUGGCUUGAAAACAUUAUCUGAGCUUAUCUCUCUGUACAUAGGUAAAUAAUAAUACACACCAUUUAUUCUUAUUUGAACUGUUUUGCUUUUAGCAUUACUAAUUCUGUAAGUUUUUGUUAUUGUACUGGUUCAUUGUUGUGUUACAUGUCAAUUUAAGUAGCAUGCCUGUCCUUAGAGGAACUUAUACAGUUAGGUAUCUUACAUACGGUUUGUUAUAAGGUCUCUUGCAUGCAUGCAUUUGCUUCACAACUGUGAGGAGAUUCUUACCGUUUAUUUCUAAAGAUUCGAGUUGUUCUCUCGUGUACUAUGUAGGUUGGAAAUGGGAUUCAAACGCCCUUUAGAUGACAACAAGUUUCAUGAGCUCCCAUUUAAACAUUCUAGACAGCUUGGCUUUAACGACAAGUCUAUGCAGUUUGAAGAGUCUUCGCAGAGUCCUCUUGCCACAGUAGUGGAUGAGGGAGAUCUUUUGAAACCCCAAGGAGGUGAAACCUUUGAUGAAGAGUCAUGUUUCGCUUACCCGGGUCUAGACAUGGAUGGUUGUUUUGACCGGGUCAUGGAAGAUUGCCACGGAGAAGAUGCAACUCACCCUCCUCACUCUCCAAGAACGUUUGCUCCUGUUGAGUCUUUCUAUUCUUUCCUCUUGGAUCAGCCUGCUAGAAAGCAAGUGCCCACUGGACCAGAUCAUCAAGCCAUGAUUCCUGAAUGGGAAGGUAGUCUAAAUAGGAACCUAGAACCUCUAGGCACUGGUACAUGUGUUCUUCCCAUGCCGGCACAUAUGGAUGACAACAUAGUAGGGAAAGGUAGAGAGUUCUGUGUCUGCGAGGACAUGGGUUCUAUAAGGUGUGUGCGCCACCAUGUUAAAGAAGCUAGAGAAGACAUGGUUAAGGUGCUUGGAUCUGAGAAAUUCAGAGACAUGGGAUUGUGUGAUAUGGGAGAAGAAGUUGCACAGAGGUGGAGCGAUGAAGAUGCACUACUUUUUCAUGAGGUUGUUUAUUCCAGUCCCGUGACGAUAGGUCGGAACUUUUGGAAGCACUUAGAAGCUGCGUUUUUGACCCGAACCAAGCACGAGAUUGUUAGCUACUACUUUAACGUUUUUGUUCUUAGAAGAAGGGCCACACAGAAUAGGUCUAUGGUAUUGGACAUUGAUAGUGAUGAUGAUGAAUGGCAUGGAGGUUCUGGAGGAGGACCUUUGGGUGCUCAAUAUGUCGAAGAAGACUUUGCUGUCGAAUCUCCUCUUCAUCAAGAGACUGAAAAGUUCAAUGAGAAAGUGCAUCCACUUCAUCAGGAAGAAGAUGCCAGUAUUAGUGACAAUGAUGAAGAUGAUACCAGAGAAGGUGGUAGUAGACUGUGUGAUGAGCACAAGAUGAAUGCUGGGUAUAUGGAUAUGUUUUCUGGGUGCAAUGAGGAGAGAUUGAACGUGGGAGAUGACUCAUGCUUGACCUUUGAGCUUGCACAUGAUGCGGUGAACUCUAUCUGGAAGAACUGUGCAAAGAAAGAAGAGACUGGUCUUGGAGAUGAACAGAAGAAAGUUGAAGGAGUGUAAAGAUCUGAAAGUUUCAACCAAACUGAGCAGCGUCAUGGAGAAAGAUAUUUGGUCAUGACUCAUGUAUCAUGGGAAAACAAGGAAAGAAACAAGUGUGGCGGCAACAUCAUUUUGCAACAACUUGCAGAAUGCUAGGAAGAGAUUUUUGGGGUUAUGGGGUCCUCCAAAUGUUUCUAAUUUCCUAUUAAAAAGUAGAGACUAGAGAGAGAGAGAGAGACAGAGAGAGAGAGAGAGUGACUUUUUUAAAAGAAAAAUGAAUAUGGCAUGUGGAACCCUUGUGAAUGUGCUGUUGUUUCAGUUUUCUUGGGGCCCUCUUCCCUCAAAAUUCUGUACCUAGAAAAUGUCAGAAUCUCUCUGAUUUUAUUUUCUUUUGUACUAUGAUUUUAAGUAAAACAUAUCAAGAGAGAAACAAAUAAAAUGAUUUUGGGUCUU